CUCCACCUCACUUGUUAUACACGUUUCUUCUUCCCCUUUAUUUAUCUGAUUUAUUCUGAACAAGAUAUAAAUACGUAGUUCAAAUGGGAUUCCUAUACGUACUAUAAAAAUUCGAUCUUUUUCUGUAAUCAGUCCAAAUUUGUCGAAUUUACUGUUGAAAUUUGAGUUUCCUAAGUGGAUUUUGAUUGAAUUUGGAUUUUGGAGUUGAAUUCCUCCAGUUGAUCUGAGUUUUUUGUCUUUUUGGGGUUAAAAGGGUUUGCGUUAUUUGCUCCAGAUAGAGAGAAAAAUCUUUCAUUUGGUUGAUUUGAUUGGAUUGAACUCCAGCUAACUGAGACAAUGGCCCAGGAUUCUGCCUCGGAGCAAGACCCGGAUGAGUCUGAUGUUGAACCCGAAUUUGUUGAGGUGGAUCCUUCUGGUCGAUAUGGGCGGUACAAGGAAAUAUUGGGGAAAGGAGCAUUCAAGAAAGUAUAUAGAGCGUUUGAUGAACUGGAAGGGAUUGAAGUGGCAUGGAAUCAAGUGAAGGUGUCUGAUCUUUUAAGGAAUAAGGACGAUAUGGAGCGUUUGUAUUCAGAAGUUCAUUUGCUAAAAACCCUCAAGCACAAGAACAUUAUCAAGUUUUACAACUCAUGGGUCGAUUCUAAGCAUGAGAAUAUUAACUUCAUUACAGAGAUUUUCACUUCCGGGAAUUUACGACAGUACAGGAAGAAACAUAAAAAUGUUGAUUUACGAGCAUUGAAGAAGUGGUCUAGGCAGAUAUUAGAAGGGCUUUUUUACCUCCACAGUCAUGAUCCACCAGUUAUACAUCGGGAUUUGAAAUGUGAUAACAUUUUUGUUAAUGGAAACCAAGGAGAGGUGAAAAUUGGUGACUUGGGACUUGCUGCUAUCCUACAACAGGCUCGGUCAGCUCACAGUGUCAUAGGCACUCCUGAGUUCAUGGCACCAGAAUUGUAUGAGGAGGAAUAUAAUGAGCUGGUAGAUGUAUAUGCAUUUGGGAUGUGCUUGUUAGAAUUGGUGACGUUUGAGUAUCCCUAUGUUGAAUGCUCUAAUGCUGCCCAGAUAUUUAAGAAGGUUACAUCAGGAAUCAAGCCAGCAUCAUUAACAAAAGUAAAGGAUCCUGGAGUUAGAGAGUUUAUUGAAAAGUGUAUUGCAAAAGUUUCUGAUCGGCUGUCUGCCAAAGAACUAUUGUUGGACCCUUUUCUCCGAUCUGAUGAUGAUGGUGGAAGUAUAGGUCGAUCCUUGCAUCCCACUCCCCAAGAUGGAAAUAGUCGUCAUUCUGAUGGUGGUCAAUUUCCGAAGGAGCACAUCCCCGAGGGAAGUCGAGAUUUCACUGUGCAGGGUCAAAGGAAAGACCAGAAUACAAUAUUUUUGAAAUUAAAAAUUGCAGACUCCACAGGUAAUAUUCGCAAUAUCCAUUUUCCAUUUAACAUCGAGGUGGAUACUGCAGCAGCUGUUGCUAGUGAAAUGGUUGAAGAGCUAGACUUAACAGAUCAAGAUGUCUCAGCAAUUGCAGAGAUGAUUGAUACUGAAAUUCGGUCAUAUAUUCCAGAUUGGGCACCCCAAGAAAAUUCCAGCAGUUAUAGUGGUGAAGUUACAAUGUCAGAUAGUGGCACCUUCGAAGUUCAGGCUGGUGCUUCCCCCUCUAUAAAUGAAUGUGUUAGUUCUCCUGGCUUAGUUUUGGAAAGACUGCCUUCAGGCCGUAAAUAUUGGUCUGAUUCACCCAAAACUGUGGGUGGAAGCUCUCCCCUUGGACCACGGCCUUCGAAUUUGUCAGGGUCAGACUCAACAACUCCUGGAGGCAGCUGGACUGAAGAAAAUGAGCUCUCACCUGAUAGCCAUAAUUAUCACUGCAAUUCAGAUGUUUCUGAGAAUGAGACUGAACCUGAUGAUAAUGUGAAAGAAGAUGAAGCUUCCAAACUCCAUCAUGCACCCUCUGAUGAAACUGAUCAUUCUGCAGAUUUCCAUUCAGCCAAUGGGCCGCCUCAUCUGUUGGAUGUUAAUGAUUCAGUUAGUGGUUGCUCCCCUGAUUUGAGAAUAAUUGAAGAGAAACUUGAGCAGCUUCUGGUUGAGCAAAAAAAUGAGCUAGAUGAACUUAGAAGAAAGCAUGAAGUGGCUGUCUUAGAUCUUCUGAAAGGCCUACCUCCAGAUACUUGUUCUAGAAUUCUCAGUAACUGCGAUUUGAAGAUCUCUGACUACAAAUUGCAAUAUGAUACAUAUGGUUCAGCCAAAAGUUCUACAUAUCCAGUCUCCCGCUGGCCGAUGUAAGUGUUGCAGUCUUACUUUCCCAACUCACCUGUGGAUAAUAAUGUGGAUUGCUCUUCGAUUGCACCAUUCAUCUACUCAUCCUUGAAGGUUUUGAGAUAUUCCAGAAUGCUAAGGCACCAUGUUUCAGGGAAAUAUCACAAGCACACAACCGUAUCUGAAAACCGUAAUUGUGGGCUUAUUUCUAGAUACAGCUUCAGAGCAGUCAAGUGGAAUUUCAAUUCUGGCACUGGUAUUGCAGCAAUUUGUUCUGAUGAUGUGCUGGAAUAAAAGCUUGUGGGCAAGGUCUGCAUCCAUCACUCCAUCUCUCGCAGAAAUGUAGAUGGUCAUAUGCUGCUGUGAGAUGAGGUGCGGAGUUAACUGAAACUUGUAAAUCUUUGUAUAAGGGUUCAUUACAUUUCGUUUGAUUUAAUCUAAUUAUAAUUUACAUUCCAUUCACACGCAUAUAAUGUUUCUGAAUGUCAAAUCACAGAUAAAACAGGUGAUUGAUUUUUUCUCUUAUGAUUUGUAUACUUGUAAAUAUGGACAUGACAUUCAUUCCCGAAAUGUUGUGCUGUCGAAUAAUGUUUUUAAUAUAAAUGUUGUUUGUUUCUCUUAA